CUUAAAAAUUUCUCUAUUUCAAUUUAAAUUUAUAUAUUUUUAUUUACUGAGACUUUACAUAUGUGCAACUUAAGAGAGCGUAUUUUGUUUUUUAUAAUCCAUGACACGAUUAUAAAGAAUAUUCCGAUUCUAAUAAAAAUAUCCGUAUAAAAAAUAUUCCGGAUCAACAGGUAACAACUUUAAACAUAGGUAACUAUCGUAAACAAAAAGCGUAAACAUUGGACCAAGUGACUCACGAUGACGUAGUUUUCAUUAUCAUAUCACAACCACAAGCGUAUGUUAGUUGCAAUCCGACGCCGAACGGUAUUUGUCGUGCUACUCAAUACGAAUUAUACACCUUUAUAUUGCUUUUAUAAUAACAUUUGUUUCCAUAAUAACGUAUCGUCAAGGUUGUUUUUAUCAAGUGAACGCGAGAACACACUCGAAUAGUGCCGCGCGUAAUACCUAUAUAAAUAAAUAACGCGUAUAUUUUCCUUAACGGCGAGAACAAAGAGAAUUUAUUAUUUGCGAAUUUAUUUAGCGCUUUCCGGCUCAGCCUUUUGAUUCUACACACGUGUGUGGUGGAUAAAGUGAAAACGGUACGAUGCGAGCGAGCGCAGCGCGCAUAUAAAAAAAAACCAAUGCAAAAAUGAUUAAAAGGAACGGUGAUAAUGUAUGUGCGAUCGCGUCGAACAAUAAUCAGUGUCAAGGCGGACGGAGUUCUGUCUCGCUCUGUCCCAACGCGGCUACAAGGAUCCCUCGAGCCACUGCUGGCAGGAUGACGCAGCCUGACGCGCACACAAACAGUAAGGAAGCGAAUAUCGCGCUCUCAACGUACGUCGAAAAGUGGAAAAACAGAUACGAGGACGCUGAGAGGAAGCACAAAGCCUACCUGCUCAAGUCCGAAAAAGCACGCAGAGAACACGAUGACCUCCAACGGCGGUACAACAUACUCCUCGAGGAGCGGAACCACCUGGACAGCGAGUUGGGUGACCGGGAGCGCGAGCUGAACAAGCUGCGGCUGGUCUCCGAGAAGCUGUUCCAGGAGUAUCAGCAGCUGAAGAACCAGCAUGAGAUCGACGCGGGGGUUAUGCACAAGGUGAUGCAACAGGCGGGAGAAUGGUACAAACAAAAUAAACAGUUGAAAAGACGAAGCACGGCGUUGUUGCACGCGCUGCCAUCUACCGUGGAUAUUGAUCUCACUGAUGCCAAUGAUAGUUCAUCAGAAGCAAGUACAAAUGAAGAGGUGGAAUUCCUCAAGCGCACAGUCAGCGAACUGUCAGAACAGAUCGCCACAUUACAGACUGAGGCUAGUGCGGCGAAAUUGCACGAAUUUGAGGCGCACGAAGUUAAUGUGCAAUUGACACAGGAAUUAGAAGUGGAAAAGGAGAAAUGUGCACAACAAGCGAAGGAAUUAGAAGAUUUACGACGCCAGCUGGAGAGACACAACCGGGUGUCCAAGUUGUUGAUGGAUGAGGUGACGUCGCUCAAGGAGAAUGCUGACAAGGACAGACAAAUGGCUGAGACGUACAAGCACGAGGCGCGCGACGCUAAGAAGCGCGCAACAGUGCUCGCACAUCAGAGCGCGCUGUUGAUGGGCGAGCUGGAGCUCGACGAGCGGCUCGGCCUGCUGCUCGGCGAGCUCGACAGCCUGCGGGCUGCGCUCGACUGCCAGGCCAACAGGCACCGCGACCAGAUCGAGCUGCUGCAGCUAAAACUAUCAGAAAAACACGAAGACACAGACAUACUCCUAUGGGAGGAGAAGAUCAAGCUAGCAGAAGAAGAUGCACAGAAAGCGGUCGAAAGGGCGGAAAGGGCUGAAAGAAAAUUGAUGGAGUUGGAAAAGAGAAUGAAGAAUGAGCCAAGAAAUACGUUGAAGUCAAGGAUCAGUUACUUUGAGAGUGGGGGGAAGGGAGAGAAGAAACAGGAGAUUAAGGAAGUUGUUGAACCAGCACCACCCACACCACCACCUACUCAAACUAUCCAACCUCCCUCUCCAGCCCCUAUUUCCCCUACUCCCCCUGCUUCUCCCGCACCUCCCACUCCCCCCACACCUCACACAGCUCCUCCCCCUCCCCCUCCCCCCUGUCUCCCCCCUCCCCCUCCCCCACCACCACCAGCGCCAGUGGUAUUCGAAGGAAAUGUUGAGGGAGAUAUGGCGAAACUAUUGGCCAGCAAGUCGGGUACACUGAAGAAGACGAAACAGAAUGGAGGCGGUGCAAUAGACGCCAUAGUGGACCAAAUAAAAGGUGGUAAAUUCCACCUAAAGUCAACAGAUCGCACCGUAGAGAAGAAACAAACGGACGAUCAGCCUGAAGCCGUGAAGGAAAUGCUGCAAAUACUCGGCACUCUGAGGAAACGGAGAGGACACAGGCCCAGUGUGAUCAGUGAUGAAGCAUAGUGUUGGUGAUCAUUUGUGAUGUGGUGAUGAUGAUAUAGAAAUGUGUUUUUGAAGGUGUAAAGUAAUGGUUUUGGACAUUUGAUGGACUUAAAAUUGUGUAAAAUGUGCGUUUAUCAUGUUUUUGUAGUGACAUGUUUAGGAAUUUUAUUGAUUGUGUCGGAAUAACCAGUUAUAUAUUCAGACAAUUUUAAUUAUUGUAAGUAAAAGCAAAUAUCUAUGGGAAAAGGUCACCGUAUAUGUUGUUACGAUUAGGCCAUAUUUACUAGGUAAAAUAACAAUUCAGUAUAAUUAUAAAAUAUCGAGUGUUCAUUAUGAUUAUGGAAAAAUCAUGUUUUAAAUCCGUCAAAUGUCUAUAAAUACUCGGUUUUUAGUAAUGCCGAUUUCUUGCGGCUACAGAAAGAUUCAAGUUGCGUCAAUUAGAAUAAAAGUUAUAAUAAAUUAAUGAAAAAUGUGUCAAUCAAAAUGGGUGAUAAAGUAUUUGUUAUUACAAAUAAGGUUUUGAUUUAUUAAAUACUAGUUCGAGUUCGCGGCUUCACUCGCGUGAUUCAUACAUAAGAAGUAUUCUAUGUAUUCAUUCAGAUUUUAUAUUUACAAAAUUUAAGAGAUAUUUUAUAUUUUCGAAGAUUGCCUACACAAUUGUAGAUCUACACAAAUUCUUAUAAGUUAUAUUUAUAAGAAGGACCUUUAUAUUCUAAUAAUAUAACAAGUGAUAUUCGUUUACAAAUGAAGCACAUAAUAAAGAUACAAUAUAUUUGCCACUAGAAUUAUUUUGCACAAAAUAGUUUAAAAAUAUUGAGGAGUAUCAAAGCCAGAGUUCAUAGUUCCAAACUUGUAAAAUCAAUAAUUCUCAAUAUUAUAAGGUGGAUAUCCUUUUUUAAUGUGAAGAUGUUAUUUUUAAGAUUCCUAGAUUUAAGUAUAUGAGCUUAUUGUCACCUUAGUGCUUAUGUUUUGUGCCUUAUUGUAAAGAUAGUUAUAAUUAUAUAAAAACUUAUAUUGUGAUCUGAAUACUCUUAUAUACAUUGAAUUUAUAAAUGAUUAUAAUAUUAUUAUAUAAGUAGUUGUAAUGUUUAGUGACUAUUUUCGGAUAAUUUUGUAUUUUAUGACUGAUAUGGUUUUCAAUUUAAAUAUAUUGUAUGCGUAUUACAAAUACAUAAUAUUCACACAUUGAGUUAUUAUUACUACGUAUGGAGGAGACACCACGAAGAAAAUCUGUGCGCGGCGCGGGGGGGCUAGUGAGUCAAAUGACGCAAAAUGGCGCCCGCCAAAAAUUUUGCUCGAGUUUAAAAAAUGAUUAUCUAGUUAAUUACCGAUGAUAAGUUAUUUCUUUGCACUUUGCCGCAUUACUUGAAUUAUUAGUGCAAUAUCGUUACACACUAGAGGGAAUAUUUUAUGAGUUUCAUGGUUUUUUGCUAUACAACAAACAAGACAUGAACGCGACCAUCGCACUAAAGCGACUGAGUGCAGUUUGGCCAUAUGGCUUAUGUUGAGCGGAACAUAAGUGAUGUAGGCGGUGUCCUCUCCAUAUGUAUAUCUGAAUGUAUUUACAUUGUGAAUUAUGAUUAUGCUUUGAAUCACACAAACUUAAGAGAAAUGUUAUUUUAGAAUACAAUGUUUGUCAAAUUAGAUCUUUAGUUCACCUUUAUGUAGCACUUGACAAGUUACCCUGUAGUGCCAUCGACUUUUGUGUUUAAGUUUAAUAAAGUAUUAUUAUUUAA